AUGACCAAGCGACACAAGCCGACGUACAUGCGACACCCCGCCACGGGCUGGGUGUUUCCCCGAGACGGUUUCGACUGGGAAGACUUCGAGGUAGCUUGCCGAUAUCCGCUGUCCCCAAAGGACAUCGUGCUGAUGACCUACCCCAAGUCCGGAACGACCUGGGUGCAGCACAUGCUGUACCUUCUGGUAAGGGACAUGGUCCCCGUACCGGAAGGACGUCGACUGGACAGCUUCGUACCUUACCUGGAGAAAGGAGGACUGGACUUGCUGCGGGGACUGGACCUGUGUCCCCAGCCCAUCAAGACUCACCUGUCUUUCACGGUGAUGCCGUGGAGCGAAAAGCCGCUCUACGUCCUGGUGCUCCGCAACCCGAAGGACGUGUGCGUGUCCCUGUACCAUCACGUGCGGGGGUUCUCUCGGUAUUAUCAUUUUGACGACGGGUGCUUCGAUGACUUCUUCGAGGAGUUUAUGGAGGGCAACGUGGACUCUGGAGACUAUUUCGAUCACCUGCAUUCACUGUGGAGCCGCCGAGAAGAGUCCAACGUGCUGGUGCUCACCUAUGAGGAGCUCAGAGCAGACCCGUUGGCUGGUGUCCGACGUCUGGUGGAUCACGUCAGGCGCAGUUUUCCGUCGGACUGGCGUGAGCCCGACCUGAGGGAGCUGGUGGCGGCGAGCAGCUUCGAGGCCAUGAAGGCCCAGUCCCCGGACAAGUGGUCCAGCACACGGCCCGAGGGCGCUCCCGCCUUCAUCCGCAAGGGCCAGGUCGGGGACUGGAGGAACUACCUCACGCCGGAACAGACCGAACGGCUCGAGCGGAAGUUCCACCAGAGACUCGCCGGCACGGGAGCAGAACAGCUCUGGCCCACCGAAAUCGCACUGCCAGAAGGGCUGGAGCCAGCAUAUGGACCUCCGGAUAGGGCUAAAGUCAAAGUGGCCGGGAUUUUUUAAAGACUUAAACGGUCGUAGUGAUCAACUGUAGUGUGAAAUGUUGCAUGAAAUGCUUUUAGCAGAACCCCUUGUCUAAGGAAUUUGUCUGUCCUUAUAUCCGUGCAUACGCUCACAGAAUUUAGCGGUAAAAAUGACGUUACGUGAUCUCAUGGGACGUCGCGUCACAUGAUACUAUGACAUCAGGUCACGUAGCACGUCACGCGAUUUCAAGCAACGUUACUAGCAACGUUACUGGGAAGGGUUUCGGAUGGAAAGGAGGCGCUCGUUCAGCCGAAUUACACUCGUUACAUUUUAGCACAAAAGAGACUUUUUCAAGAAAACGGUAUAUUGAAAUCUGCUUUAAAAACCGGGAAAGAUAUCAUUGUACGUCCCACUGAUUUCAGACGAACUGCCAGUCAAUUUGGUGAAAAAAGAAAGAAAGAUAAAUGGCGAGUACCAACUAGUUUGAAUAAAGUUUCU